AACGAAAGUACAAUUAAAGUGUGGUAUGUGCGUCAGUUUACUUUGUAAUGCGUGCGAUCAGACUUUCAUGUAAAAAAAUGUACAGUACUAUCGAAACAUUUGUAGGCGUACUUAAGCUAUGACAACCUGAAAGUAUUAGUUUUGUUCAUUUCAACUGUGUUUGGCUUUUAAAAUGUUUCAAAAUGUGUCUAUGUCUUCGCAUAACCCAUAGACUUCUGGCAGCAAAUGUAGGAUUUUAUGUAUAGUAAAAUGUCUUUUGAUUGCAUCGGGUGAAGGUCAAGUAACAAAUGCAACAGCCAACAUGUCUUCUACCGACAAUCCCUAUUCUACGAAUUCUUUAGACCAGAAUGGAACGACAGCUAGGCCCAGCAGCAGUGCCCAGUCAACGAUGCCAAACCAGCAAACAACAGGGGCUGGCGAACAAACGACUCACAAGCUGCCUACGACUGUAGCAGCACAGCAGCAACAGACAACGCCAAGUCAGGUUCCUUUGGAGCCUAGUAAUAUAGAAGCAAAUACUGACAUUGGUCCUUGCACUUGUGACUUAACUGGCAACGCUUGUGACGUCAACUGCUGCUGUGAUCCUGAUUGCUCGGCUGACGACAUUCUAACAUUUAGCUUCUGUGCUGAUGAAGUAGCAAACAAUGAAGACAGAGUAUGUUUCUCACGUGAGACGAUUUACAAUGUCAACAACAACGAGGUGAAGACUGAGAUUGUUGGUGGACUUUUCUGUAUUGCUGUUGAUAAUUAUGAAGAUCGUAACUAUUAUACAGUUCCUGAGACAGUUGGCAGCAUUGAACGCUUUGAUGAGCUUGUUGCUGAAUAUGGCUCAUAUAGCUUUGCUAAAGAAUCUGAAGCAAAUGAAACAUUUGAUGACUAUUACCAGUCUGGAGACAAAAUCUACACAUUAUUUGAAGGCAGCCAAGGAGUAGCUUUGGGCUACUUAGGACUACCAGCUGGCCUUGUUACCAAUACCUGUAAUGAUAAUAACCCAGCAAGGUUUUUAUUUGACGAAAGCACAGAGUGCGUGCGGGUAGUGACUGACUUAGCUGCUGAGUGUGAAUCAAUACCUUCUUUGUCAAGUUAUUCCUACCAUAGUGAAAAGAAGAUAAUUGCAGCCCCAGCAAAUAUUCGAGAUAUGUUUUUAAAUGUAACAAAUUACAAUAUGACAACAGUUUUACCCUUGACAACCAAUUCUGUUCCAAUAAACACAACCACAAUCCCGUAUACAACCCCAAGUUUGUACUCGGGGAAAGAAUUUGUUCCCAUUCGAUUCGCAGAACCAGCAUAUUGUGUAGACCUCUUUAACAUCCGGACUUCGUGCAAUAUCUCAUCAGUUCAUAUUCCCAUAUAUGACCAGAAUGACGGAACAUGCAGUAACGUUGUCACAGAAGUUCAUUAUACGAUUACCCAUAAUUCGACGAAUGGAAUUAUUGAUGCAGAAGUGCUCUUUGUUCUUUCCACUGUAAAUUCAGCAAGUUUUCCAAUUUUGCAAAAGUUCUCUACUACUUUUGUGAAGCUUGAAGAAGAAAAUCCAUCGCCGAGGAGUGGUAAUCCAGGUUACAUAGUUGGCGAGCCUGUUGUUGCUGGUAACCGCACCUCUUACCAAGAAAAUACUGGGAGCCCAGAGGAUGAACAGGUGUAUACCAAAUAUGCCAUAUCAUUAAGUGAAGAUCGUUACAAUCGUAUGACAGUUGUAACCAGCACUGCAGGUGGGAUGUGUGCGAGUGAUUCAGAUUCAAGAAUACCUGUUGUAUUUGGAGAAGAUAUUCGUUCGGGAUGCCUUAUAAGUGUAUCAUUUGCAGAAAUCAGUGAUGCAUGUAUGCUCAUUAGCUCAAUGGCUAAACAGGCCCUUGCAGGGGAUAUGCCAGAGUACAUGUACGUUGCAAUGUUUGGCAACUCUGAUGUAGAGAUCGUGGGAGAUUGGGUGCCAGUCAUAAUACAGGAGCCAGAGGGUGAAGCCACAAGCACUUUACCAGGACAAUGUGAUAAUGUGAUCCUUUCUCUAAACAUUGAGGUCUUGUAUGCCAACAUUGGCUCACUAGCCAAUCCACAGGCUAAGAUUGUUGGAGUUAAGUACACGUUCAUUGCAGGUACACUUAAAUACCAGUGUGUGGGACCUUACUGCCAGCCAGGAACAGAGAACCUAGAACAGAAGUACGAAAUAGCAAGUUCAGUGUCAUUCCUUGAUGUCUCCACUUAUCCAGAUGCUGUCAUUGCUGAGAUCCCCCCAUGGAAAGUGGAAUUGCCCAAUGAUUUCUUCUACCCACUGUCAUCUGCUUCCUCAGCAGGAGUAAACGUCUCAACCAUCAUGCUUUAUGUAAUAAUUAAUUGGUUACUAAGUAAAUGAAAUAUUAUUUAAAUGUAUGCUGACAUGAUAUUUAAUGAGCGAGUGAAGUAAGUAUGAAAAUGUCAUAAAAACUGAUGCACAGAGGUGGUGUUCAGUGAUGGACAGGACAACAGUGAGCUGGGUCAUGUCAAGUGACUUGAAGUUGCACGUCCAGGAAAGGGCGACAUCAGAGGCAGCUCAACAGACAGCGUCAACAACUUGUAAGACAGAACAGGCGGCAAUGAACAAUGAUUCUGAAUUUGCUUGGUGUGGACAAGUCUGUCAUAAGCUAGAAUGUUCUUCAUGGAGGAUCCAUUACUAGGGGAAACCUCUUGUUGGCAAAAGUGAUGGGUGUGUCACUCCUGUUACCAAGAUUCCUAUGUGUUAUGUGUUUCUUAUGUGUUAAGCCUGCAGGGAAAGAGCUCUGUGAAGCUAAAACAUUCUACAGCUAGCAUAAAAGUUUAGGGGUGAUUACAAGCCUGUGUAGAUAUUCACUCACAGCUGAUCUAUUACACAUCAAAAAUUAAUAAAAACAAAUUUUAUAAAAUACAACAAAAUGUUUAAUGUUAAUAAAUCAUUACAAUGUAGAUAUUUUAAUACAAAUUGACCAGUUACUAACAACAGACCAUUCAAAAGGCGCCAGUAUAUGAAUGUUGCCCUUUAAAGGUGCAGAUUAUCAACAUUUUUAGGUU